UCUCUGCUGCUGCUGCUGCUGCUGGUGUUGGUGUUGGCCGUCCUGCAGAACACAGGAGAACCAGGCAACACUGCUGCCGGUGCAAGGAGGAGGCCGAGCCGGAGGCCGAGGAGGCGCCAUGGAGACGAACGGAGAGCAGAACCAGCAGGGAGCGUCGACCAACGGCAGCGCGGCGUCGGGGACGAGCGCUCGCUCCUCGCCCAUGAACUCCAUGUCUCUCUACGAAAGACAAGCGGUGCAGGCCCUGCAGGCUCUGCAGAGACAACCGAACGCAGCUCAGUACUUCCAGCAGCUGAUGCUGCAGCAGCAGAUCAACAGUGCCCAGCUGCAGAACCUGGCUGCCGUGCAACAAGUCAAGGCUACUCUGGCCGCCAGUCGUCAGUCGAGUCCCUCCACCAGCAGCGCGUCUCAGACCACCAGCACCACAUCUGCCAGCGCUGGAUCUGGCUCCAGCUCCACGCCCAGCAGCCGCCCCAUGGGGGCGUCGGCCACGUCCACCAUCAGCCAGUCCGUGCUGCUCAGCGGGACGGCCGGCGGCCAGGGCCAGAUGUACCUGCGGGUCAACCGCUCCCUCAGGGCCCCCAUCCCUUCCCAGCUCAUCUUCAUGCCCGGCGGUGCAGCCACGGCUGCCAUGGCAACCGUCGCCCAGCAACCGCAGACCCAGCAACAGGAAACGGCUCCGUCUUCCUCCUCCGGCAGCCAGAUCCCGUCAGACAACGACCAGGUGCAGAAUCUGGCCAUACGAGGCGUGUCCAGUCCCAAAGGUGUGGGGGUGAAAACGGAGGCCCCUGAGAGGAGCGAGUCAGCCGCCUACUCCCUGGUCCAGCCCUCCCACCAGUCCACCCCCCAGUCUCCCACCAAGCCCAGCCCCCAGACCCCCCACAUCAAGAUCCCCACCUACCCCCAGCCCACCAACCUGAAGGCCCACCCGUCCCCGUCCCCCGCCGCCUCGUCCUCCUCCUCCUCCACCACCACGUCCAUCCCUCUGUCCCAGCUGCUGCUGCACGGAACCCGGACCCUGACGGGGACCACGGCCCCCACGGCGGCUCACGCCCUCGUCCUCACCUCCAGCACCGCGUCUCAGCCGCACAGGUACCCCGUCGGCACGGCGACCAUCAAGCCGGCGGUGAGCGCUCAGACUCUGGUGGUGCAGCCGCUGCAGAAGAGCUCGGCCGGCGCGGAGAAGUCGGGCCACGGCACCGGGCCCGUCCCCAUCCAGCCCAAGACGCUGCAGGGCCUGCGUCUGCCGCUGCAGCUCCCCUCCAGGAACCACCACCCCCCGAUCCUGCCGGCCCCGCCGGCCGCCAGCAGCGCGGCCCCGCCGGCCCAGCCGCCCCCGCACAUCCCCGUGCAGAUCGUGGGGGCCCGGCAGAGCUCGCUGGGGAACCCGCAGGCGCUGGCGCUGGCCCGGGGCGGCUGCAGCCACGACGGCAACGCCGCCGUGCUCAGCAGCUCGUCCAGCCUGCUCACCAUGGUGGCGUCCAUGGCCUCCCGCGAGGCCGGGGCGGGGGCCCGGGGGGUCGGGGGGCCGCUCAAGGCCCUGCAGGCCCUGCAGGCCCCGCAGGACGGGCCCCCGCCGGCUCAGGUGUCUCAGGUUCACCCGCAGGCCAAUCAGAACUCUGUGCAGAGUCAGAACGGACCCGUGGCUCUGACUCCGGCCUGCUCUCACUCCAACACGCUCUCGUCUAGUUCCCCCUCCCUGUCCCGCUCCGCCCUCGCCCUCCCGCUGACGACCGACGAGCAGAAACGACGCUCGGCCGGCGUGACGGCCAACGGAGACGCCAGUGCUCAGACGCCACAGGGAAAACAGGUAAUUGCCUCUCUCAAAAGGAAGUCAGACUCCAACUCAGCGAACGAUGAGGACGGCCCGUCGCCCCCGCGGCUCCAGCCGGUCAGAGACCGAACCCUGGCCUCCCCGGCCAACCCCAUCAGUGCAGGCCCGGGUUCUCCUCCUCCAGCCGCCGUCUCUCCUGCUCCGGUCCUGUCCGUGUCCCGCGGGACCUGCGGUCCGGGGGAGAGGGCUCCGCCGCCGCAGGCCGUCGUCAAACCGCAGGUUCUCACGCACCUGAUCGAGGGCUUCGUCAUCCAGGAAGGAGCGGAGCCGUUCCCCGUUUGCGGUUCAGUCAAAGACUCUGCUGGCGAGGACUUGACUAACGACAGUCCAGACACCAACCAGUCGGAAACCGUUACCACGGCAACAGUGCUGAAGUGUGAGUACUGCAAAAACUUUGCUCCUGCCAGCCAAUUCAGAGGCACCAAAAGGUUCUGCUCCAUGUCUUGUGCCAAGAGUAUGUAUUGGUUCCCCAGGUACAACGUAAGCUUCAGGCAGAACUGCUCCGUGCGCCAGAGCCACGGCCAGCGGCCGGACCAGGACCACGCUGCAGACCCGGACCCGGACCCGGGCCAGGAUCAGCUCUCCAACUCCGACGAGGACGGAGGCAUCGCCAGGAGGAGAGUUCCCCGCAGGACCAGCUCGGAGAUCGCCAGUGCCAAGAUCGCAGGGAGACCCAUCCCCGUCAAGUGCCGUUCAGAGUCCAGCCAUUCAGACGAGGAGUCCAGCGGAGAAGAGGACGAGGACGACCCCAUGUCUCUGUCCCCGGCGUCCUCGUCCUCCUGCCACCAGCUGCCCGGUCCUCCUCCCCCCGAGAGCUCGGCCCCCGCCCGGCCGCCCGCCAGCCCCGCCCAGUGGAGCGUGGAACAAGUGUCCCACUUCAUCUCCUCACUACAAGGCUGCGAGGAUCUGGCCUCCAUGUUCCUGUCCCAGGAGAUCGACGGCCAGGCGUUGCUGCUGCUGAAGGAGGAGCAUCUCAUGUCCACUAUGAACAUCAAGUUAGGCCCCGCCCUGAAGAUCUGCGCCCACAUUAACACUCUGAGAGACUAAUACUUCCCUAAGAACCCCGCCGCUCGGACUCCACCCCCGAGCGUUUCACCCAACGGCCCAAUUCUGCUCCCGGGUCGGAGGUGGAAGUGACGAAAGACGAGCAAGCCGGCGUACCAAGUCCCGUUCAGUCUGGGCUUCAAGAACUCACGUCCGUCAUCCGUUUGCUCAUUUCUGGCUGCAGAGUUUAAGGCCACAUUUACAGGAAUAAUUUAAUAUUUCCUUGCAAAAGUGUCUAAUCUUUGUGUUAAGGGGGAAAAAAUCCUAUAAAUGACCCGCUACAUUUUUCUGUGAAGGGACCUGAACCCAAACGUCGUAGCAGCUCGGAAUCAUCGGGACUCGCAGUCUUGAAAAGUCUUUGAAUGUGUUUUCAGUUAAGAUAUCCCCCUUUUUCUGUUCUCUACGAAAAGGGCUCCUUUUAUCGUAGAGGGAGGCUGUGAUAUUCUAACGCGUUUUUCUUUACGUUUUUUGUUUUUUUUGGUCUUGUAUUUCAAACUGAGUAUAAUUGAAGGGUCAAAAGGAAAAACGUAGACACACAGAAGGUGCUGUGGGUUCAGUUGGGUCUGUAAUUUUGCACAGAAAUUUUGAAGGAGGACUUUGGAAAUAUAACCCAGUUCGAAAGUCUCAUUCAGCUCUCCAUGGCUUCUUCUUUUUUUAAUUUUUUUUUAUUCAAGCUCUUUGCUACGACGGAGUAUUAGGGCCAAAAUAAGACAAAAAAAAUUGGAAAUUACGAGAAUAAAGUCAUAAUAUAAUG